CAUUUUUAUGCUUUCGCUGUAUGGCUCUUUUCGGUAUAUAGACCCUUCUCUUUAUUUUCUUGGCCUUCCCGGAGUACCCCGUCAGAUCGCAUUUUCUGCGACCUAUCGCGUCUUAUUCAUCUUUUCCCGUGAAGCAUGCCAAUGCUAUGAACUUGUGUUUUCUUCUUCCAUCAUUCUUUCAACAUCUUCCGUAUAUAACAACAUUGUACGGCGGUGUCAAGUGUCAUUAUAUCAAGCAUUCUUCCCUAUUUGUGCAUGUGUUCUGGUGGCUCAACAGUGCUCCUCAUCCUGACCCAUCAAAAUGCUAGCCGCUUUCAUUUGAUUGGCAGAUCCGAUGCCACUGUGAUAUCCUUCUCUUCUCUGUGCCUCCUCUAUUUCGGUACUCCUGACAGCCACUCUCACUCUUACGGUACUUUCGAAUGCAACUUCGUGUAUGCUCAGCAGACGGUCUGGAAAUAUUCUGGCUUGCGAUCCUGGUCGAAACUGGGAGCUGUCAGAGAGAGUCAGAACCUUCCACUCAGAAGGGUUUCUAGGGCCAGGGUAUGGUCACUGUCGGAUGGAGAACAGUCGCGCUAUUGCCCAUCUCUCUCCACUCCUAGUAGUGCUCGUCAUCUUCUCGGGUGUUGCGUUGCUACGGCUUGUAUCUCCUUUCUGGUCCUUCCAUGAAACCUUUUGUUUGGAAGAGGACGUCCUAGAGUAUGAGAUAACUCGUAGAGAUGAUGAACUUCCGUGGCAUAUGUCUCAUAUAACUGCUCAGGAGGGAGGGGGAGU